AUGGAGCUUACCGCAACAGCAUUUGUUCCGAAACCCGUCCGUAUUAUCGUUAUAGGUGCUGGGUCAGUAUACUCCCAGUUUCAACUUAGAUUGGUAAUUAAGCGUCACAGGAUAUCCGGCAUCCAGUUUUUGAAAGAUGCAACCACACGAUUGUCAAACGUUAACAUCACUGUUUAUGACAAGAACAGUCAAGAGGGAGGAACUUGGGCCGAGAAUAGAUACCCCGGAUGUGCAUGCGACAUCCCAUCCCAUGCCUACCAGUACAGCUGGAACCCCAAUCCCCGGUGGAGCCGCUUGUAUGCAGAGGCGGCUGAAAUCUUGGACUAUCUAAAAUCAACGGUGACUAAGUUCAAUCUCCAACGAUAUAUUCAGUUCAGUACAACCUGUACCGGGGCAAGCUGGGAUGAGAAGAACUCCGAAUGGAAUGUUGCCCUGCAAAGGAACGGGACGCCUGAUGAUGAAAUCUCUGUUAAAUGCGAUGUUUUUAUUAUUGCUAUAGGAAGGCUGAAUAACUGGAAGCUGCCAGACAUAGAAGGCCUUGACACGUUCCAGGGGCGUGUAAUACAUACAGCCAACUGGCCCCAGGACUUAGACUGUCACGGCAAGGAUAUAGCUGUGAUAGGAAACGGAGCCAGCUCGACCCAGUGUCUAGCAAGCUUAGCCAAAGACGCGAGAUCCAUCGGUAAUUUUGUUCGUGGACCAACAUGGCUGGUUCCGCAUGUAUUUUCUCGCAAUGGAGAAGCGCAAGUCAACUAUUCCCAUGACUCCAUCAAGAAAUUCGAAACCGAGCCCGAUUCGUACUUCCAAUUCCGCCUUGGGAUCGAGAAAAAGCUGGCAUAUAGCUUUCGAGGUCUCUGGGCGAACUCAAACGCUGCUCGAGAAUUCACUCAAAAUGCAAAGCAGCACAUGAUCGCCAAGAUUGAUGACCCACAGACCUUGAAGGCCCUCCUUCCUACUGACUAUAAAGCCGGUUGCCGUCGCUUCACGCCUGCUGACAAGUAUAUCGAGGCUCUAAAUAAGUCAAACGUAGAGCUCAUUUCUACCCCGAUCAAGCAGGUGGAAGGAAAAGAUAUUAUCAUGAAUGACGGCGAACGACGAACAUAUGACAUAAUUGUCUGUGGUACAGGUUUUGAGCCAUACGCGCCGAGGUUUCCGAUCAGAGGGCGCGGAGCAGCUAACUUGUCAGAUCUAUGGUCAAUGGAUGGGGGCUAUGAGAGUUACUUGGCUGCAACAGUCGCUGGAUUCCCCAACUUUUUCGUUUUCAAUCCGCCAAUCUGUCCGGUGAAUGGCUCAGCGUACCCUGGAAUUGAGCGUACGAGUGACUACAUUAUCAGAGUCAUCGACAGGCUACAGAAGGAUCGCCUGAGAGCAGUCUGUGUCAAGCAAGCAGCUCAAGACGCCUUCAAUCGCUGGGUUCAAUCACGCAUGCCAGAGAUGGUCUGGGCGGAGCCAUGCUCAUCAUGGUACAAGCUCCCUAACGGAAAAGUUAUCGUUCCAUGGCCAGGGACAAUACUUCACUAUUAUGCCGCAACUGAAAUAGUGCGAUGGGAGGACUAUGAUCUCAAAUUUGAUGAUGAUAGUCAAAAGUAUGCAUGUUUCGGGAAUGGUAUUACAGUGGAGGGAUUUGCUCCUGAGAGUAUACCUUGGCUGCGUCGCGCUGAUCAAUGCUUAUAG